CAUGCCUGGAGGAGGUUGGGUGGAGUAUUUAAGACGGGGUGUCCCGCUCAUCACUUACUUUUUUCUCGUCGCUCUCUGCGUGCACCUGAACCUCCGGCCGGCCCUCGUCCUCCAGUCAGAAUGUCCUUGCCCAAGUCCGAGAACGCGUCCAGUCUGGAGAACGCCAUGCAGCUCAUGAUCCAGACCUUCCACAAGUAUUCCGGCAACGAAGGCGACAAAUACACGCUGAGCAAGCUCGAGCUCAGGGAGAUGCUCACCACCGAACUGCAAAACUACCUCGGGAACGCCCAAGAUAAGGAGGCAGUGGAUAAAGUUAUGCGUGAACUGGACGCCAACGGGGACGGCGAGGUGGAUUUUACCGAGUUCAUCAUCCUAGUGGGUGCCCUCACUGUGGCAUGCAACGACUUCUUCCUGGAGUUUAACGAAAAGCCCGAAAAGAAGUAGGAGGAAAGAUACACAACAUACACGUAGUGUAAAAAAAUGUCUAAUAGUGAUUUGCGUAGCCGGUGUUGACCUUUUGACAUAAAAUGUCUUUUUUAAAUUCAUGUUUACUUCAGCCUCUUGUUUCUGUUCAUGCAUUUUGUAACACAUUAAAGCUGUGGAAUUUCCCCUGGAAAGAAUAAAUGUGAUCUUUGUUCAGAGCA